UAAUCACAGCGGCCAAACUUCACCCUGGCCACCCAAACGAAGCCACCGGUACAAGUUUAAAAACAUCUACGCACGAAGAAAAUUUGUUGUAGCUCACGUUAACUGCGCGCGGUACAACCGAAGCGACCUUUCGCAUUCGAAUGCACGAGUAUUUCACCAUGAUCAGUAUUGUGUUUCUGCUCCUUCUGACACGAUGGGCUACGGCUCAGUUACAAGGUCGUAUGGACAUUCCCAUUGGAGUUCCGGAUUUGGAUGACAAAUUUUCCAGAGGAUUGGCUAACUACAUCGGCAUACCGGCCCUCCCGGGUGCCAGCACCGGACAGUACGGCGAUCCUAUUUCGCUAACCGGAAGGAGUAAUGUGGGUGCCGACUCUUCCAAUAGUCUGACGUACAAUGAUUUUCCUUCGCUACCGGGACUGCGAAACACCAACAGAGCAGGAAUGACAAAAUGGUAUGGUCCCGACUUUGCACCGCCUGUACCAAACAGUGGCUCCAUGAUGAUGCCUAAUAUGCAACCACCGCCACCACCCAUGCAAACGCCCCAAAACCAAGUCAACGGGCCGGUAAAUGACGGAUCUGUGCAAGUGACGGAUCUCAGUUGCCAGAAGCCAAGGGCAGUUAUCGGCAUGUCCAACGAUCGUAACCACUGGUUAUCCACGGUUGAAUGCGAAUGCCGACCGAUCAGUGAUUCCACCGCCAUGCCGCAGUUUUCGUGCUAUUCGCUGUGUGAUGGACCACCUCGGGAUCAACGUUGUGAAGCCAGUUUUUCGAUUUUGAGCUCGUGUCCUUUAUAUAAAAACUGUCAAAACUGGACUCAGUCUAAUGACACAGACAGCGGUGCUAUUUCGUGCCGUGUGGGCAAUCCGGUGCCGGAAGCCGUGUGCUGGAUAUUGGCCAGCAGUAUGUUGCGCGAUGAUGAUCGCCCUUUACGACCGGCAUUCUAUGCUAACGCGGCAACAGGUUGUUACAUGGCCUGUUUGUGUGGAAACGAUGGAACUGUGGCUGGAGAAAUCCAGUGUCUAGAUCGUCCUACCAGUCACUGGAGGUUUCCCGUAUAUCCUCGCAACAGAAAAUUUAAUUUCCCUGCCCAAUUCUAAGGCUUUUGUCAUGUAUCGCCAUGCAAGUACACUUUUGAAUUUGUUUUCUGUUAUAUUAAGCAAAUGAUGUUGAGAUCUCUCAGUUCAGUUCUUGAUGGUACGCUAUACAUCAGCAAUUCGGUGCUGACGGAAAUUGACAGGAGAUUGUUUGCUGUCAGUCGUUAAGCUGCAAUGAGUAAGUCUUGCUUGGUUUUGCAUACGGACUUAGAAACCAUAGUGCACUUUAAUUCCUAGUUAAAGCGAAAUUUUUAAUGCCGGUUUGAC